UGGGCAAUAGAGUACGCCGACGUUACAAUAAGAAUAUCAAAUAAAAUAUAUAUUAUAUAAAAUCGUUCGUUCAAUAUAGUUAACCGUAUUAUGAUGUAUGUGCGCGCGUAAGUGUAAUUAUGUUCGUCGAAAGGUAUCGUCAAACGGUCUACAGAUAUAUUAUAUAGAGAAUAGAGAUACAGAAAAAUGAUACAAUUAACUCCGUGGGCUGAAAGUUGUGAUGUUCAUAAUAUAUUAUAGAGUUACGUAUUGCAUCGUAUACACACUGCAUUUGUCGAGGAAGAUUAACUUUCGAUAUCUGAGUGCAGUUUUAUGGGUCUAGUAGGUACUUACCCAUAUAUAAUAUAAGUAUACAUAAACGAACAAGAAAUGUAUAAAAGUUCAAAUCUCGUCUGUUUUGAUAAAAUCAUCGAAUAAAACAUUGCAUUUUAUUAAGUAAUUGAAUGAAAAACAUUAUUAUGGGAAAUAUUAUAAAUAUAUAUAAAAAAGUAAAAAGAAAAGAUAAAAAAUGAUUAGAGUUGGAAUCGCUCUUUCUUACUAUAGAAAUAUGACAAUUCAUGAUGUUAAGUAAUACUGCAGUUAUUAUAACUAAGUAUUUAUACGGUUUACCAAAAAACUAUACUAAUCGAAAAUAAUAAAAGGCCAAGCGGAAAUUAUAAUGAAGAAAUCUGUGGUAAUUGAAGCUGUAAUUUCAAUAUUGAUAUGUUCAGUCAUUAACAACGUUUCAGGUAUAUUUUUCGGUUCUAGUGAUUUGACUUAUUGGAGGUGCAAAUUCAAACAAACGUUUCAGUGUCCAGAUCCCGACGUGACCUUUUACUUGUACACUAGUGAUCUCAAAAGAAGGGUUAAAAUCGAUUUGAGAGACAAGUGGUCGUUGUAUAAUAGUGGCUGGAACCCAAAUAAAAAGAAUGUUAUCGUCAUACACGGGUUUAAUGGAUCGGAAAAUGAUAAGCUUAUGGUCAUACUAAGAAACGCCUACUUGAUGCGUGGAGACUUUAACGUGUUCAUGGUGGACUGGAGUCCGUUGACCGUGUACCCCUGUUACUUAUCGUCGCUGAGAAACACGCGAUUAGUGAGUCAGUGUACAGCUCAACUGUACGCCCAUCUCACUUAUUCGGGCGCUUCCAUUUACCACAUACACUGCGUUGGCCACAGUCUCGGGGCUCAUAUAUGCGGCAUGAUUAGCAAUCACUUGACGGAAAGACAACACAAGAUCAUCGGUUUAGAUCCGGCCAAACCUCUGAUAGAUCUGUUUACGAUGGAUGAAUUUCGAUUAACAAGGGAUGAUGCUAAUUUCGUAGAAGUCAUACACACUAACUCUGGAGUUUACGGAGAGUAUCCUCAGAUAGGUCAUGUCGAUUUUUGCGUCAACGGAGGUAGCAUGCAACCGAUUUGCACUAGCCAAGCAAAUAUCAUACAACAAUCGCGGUGCAGUCAUUUCAAGAGCGUGUGUUAUUUUGCGUUGUCACUUUCGAAGAGGCGCAAUAUGUUUUUGGGCGUACAGUGCACGGAGACCUGCGAUUCGGUGAUACUUCCGUCAUUUUCGAACAGGAUCGAUGUCAUACCCAUGGGCCUGCAAACACCAGAAUGGGUAAGAGGGACAUUUUACGUUGCAUAUGAAGAUCGAAAUAACUUUUGCCAAUUUGAUGGAUAGAACAAACUUAUUUGUUAACGAAAAGUUCAUAAGUAACAAUGAACAAAUAAAUUGUACAUAUAGAUAGACUUGCCUAAUGGUAUAAUUUUCUUUUAGAUCAAUUAUACUAUAUAUAGUUUUUAAUGUUUUUAUUACAUUAUACCUAUUGUAAAAACUAACUAGAAUGUACAAAUUAUUGGUAGAUUUAAUAUGUUUGAUUUCUUAGCUAGGAUAUCAUUGUAUUAAUACGAUAUAUUUAUUCACUAAAAUAUUAUUUAAUUUUCUUGACGCGCUGUAAUUUUUAACUAAAUUGUGUGUCAUAUCAUAUUAUUGAAGUUUAUCUUAAAACUAUGUAUGUAUGUUAAGUUCGACUUAUUUACAAAAAAACAAUAUAAUAAAUUGUAUUUAUUUGAAAUUAUACUUUAAUAAAUAUUUUAAAAA